CGAAAUAAAGCAUUUUUCGAUAAAACGAUUGCAAACAAACAAAAAAAAACAAAGAAAAUGACUUCGCGAUUCAAUUUAGAAACCGACACAAAACCCUUUAAUACCACUAGUAUUAAGGUGCAUUCACCCAAAGAACCUACGCCAAGAAGUCCAAAAAAACCAAUAGUGAAGGAAGUGAAUAAAACUACAAAAGAUUUUCCCUCUUUUAUCGAACCCCAAAACUUCAACUUGGGCGUAUUUGAGUAUGAACGUAAUGGAUCGAAUCCGGGAAAAGUAAUAAUAUUUAAUCACGAAUUUUAUGAUGACCAUAAUAUAAAAGUCAGACGUGGUUCACGUAGGGAUGUUAAUGAAAUUCUAACGUGCUUCCAAAGAUUAGGAUUCAAUAUUCACGAAGGAGAUCUUUUGCUUGAUUCGACGGUAGCUGAAAUUCAACAAAAAAUUAAAAAUGUUUUAGAAGAUAAAGCUUCACUUCGUGAAGCAAACUGCCUAAUUAUCAUUUUUCUAACACACGGACACAAUAAUGAUGAGCUGCACGCUAGAGAUGGCACAUUUAAGUGCAGCGAAGUUUGGACUAAAUUCAACAAAUGCGCAGAGUUAAAACACAAGCCUAAGAUGUUCAUUUUCCAGGCUUGCAAAGGUGAUUACUAUACCACAGUGGAUGGCGCUGACAGUUUCGUUUUCAAAGAAGAUUCAGCGAAAUUGGUUAACAUUGAAUCAUUUAUUGUUAACGAAUUGGAUGCGGAUAUGCUGCUUCUGUAUUCGACCAUUGAAGGUAACGUAUCGUUUCGUCACCCAUCUGCAGGCACUUGGUUUAUCCAAGAGCUCUGCAAAAACUUCUCAGCCUACGGUAGAAGAGACGACGUCAUUUCCUUGGUCACCAGAACUAUAAAGUGCGUCUCAGGUUACUACAACUUCGAUGAGGACGUUAGUGAAGAUUUGCAGAAGCAAAUGCCAAUUUUUGUUUCGACCCUUUCAAGAAAAUUCUAUCUGAAUAGGAAUAAGGAUAGGCACUUGUUGUUGGAGAUCAUGCGGAAGCAAGAGGAAAUUUAUAAUAUGGUUAAGGAUAUAAAUAGAAAAAUAAAAAACUAGAUUUUUUUUAUAACAAUUUAUUAGGUACCUAUCUAUGUGAAUUAUAGUAGAUACCUACAUAUUUCCUAAAUUGAAUAGCCUACACAUUAUACAGAAUUUAUUAGUUUUGUGGCCUAUUAUCAUUGUGUAAUCAAUUAAUAAUUUGUAAAAAUUGAUAAUAAUAAAAUUAUUUUUUAACAAACCAUGUA